AUGCUGUACAAUGUACAACGAAGCAAACCACUUGGGCUAUGCUUAAGGUUGGAAUCCAACCAUUGCAAUACUGCAGAACAGCCGCCUAUUAAUUUUGAAAAUAUAAAAACUAUGCAAGAAAUCAGAAAAAAUCUUCAAAAAAUGAUGGGCGUAUCUGGAAAGUACGAGAAAGAGGAUAGAAGUUGGUUGAUAAAGUACUUGCCAAAAACCCAAGAGGAGUUGCCAACCCGCUCCAUGAAUGACAGUUUUGAUAUGGCAAAAGUGCCAUUGAGUAGUGAUAUUAUGUUACAAAACAGGUAUACUACUGCCGAAAACGGUUUAAGACUUGGUAGGCUAUUGGAAGAUAUGGAUUCGUUUGCUGUAUGGAUUGUAUUGAAGCAUAUUUAUGAUCCCAAACUUCCAGAAGAUAUACCAAUUCCAUAUGCCGUUGUAACAUUACUAGUUGACGAUGUAUUCAUUGAACCAGAUCGAUAUCCUGAUAAAGAUUUAAUAUUCAGCGGGUUUGUAUCUUAUGCUGGAAAAACGUCAUUGGAAGUCACUCUGUGGCUGGAACAACUUCAAGAAAAUAAAUUGAAACGUAUCACAAAAGCACAUUUCGUAUUUGUUGCUAGAGAUUCCACAAAUACGUCGUCAGUUUUGGUGAACUCGCUUGAACCUAAUGGAGAAAAAGAAAAGGAUAUUCUGCAACAUGCAUUAAAAAGAAACGAAGAAAGAAAAAGAUUCCGGAUUGACUCCAUACUAAAUAAAGAGCCAAUUCCUGAAGAAGAAGCAUUGAUAUACAACACUUUCUUGAAAACUGUCGAUGAGACGGAACCAAUGUUGGGUAAUAAAGUUCUUCCACCAGGAAGUGUAUGGAUGAAUGAUACUCAAAUCGAAACCAAUAUUAUUUGCCAUCCUGAAGAUAGAAAUUUACAUAGUACUGUAUUUGGCGGUUUUUUAAUGCGUAUGGCUACUGAACUGGCUUUCUUAGUGUCGGAUGUUCAUUGUAAAACACGAGCAUUAUUAAAAGCAAUUAAUAGUAUAACAUUUCGCAAUCCUGUUCCAAUUGGCAGCAGACUUAUAUUAAUUGGAAAAAUUUGUUUUACCAGGGACAAUGUAAUAGUAAUAGAAGUUUUAGCUAAAGUAGACAGUGCAGAAACAAAAACCAGCAGAACUACAAAUUCGUUCUACCAUAUUUUUGUUGCUGAAAACAAUGUUGCUCCUGUGUUACCUCAAAGCUAUCACGAUGCUAUGCUUUAUCUUGAUGGCCGUCGAAGAUAUUUAGACAUAAACAAAAAAAUGUCUACAUAG